GAGAACGUGUCGUGGAUCGGUCGAAUUUCUAUCGUGAGAUUCCCUUAUAGAAAGAUGACUUUCGCUAGCUUUGACUUGGCUUCCGAUCAGAAGGCAUAUCGCAAGGAGCACAAGAAGUGGCCUUGGUAUGGCGCCCCCAAUUUUUGUGCAAUUUGGUUCGCAAUCUUCUAUGCGGCAGUGAUACCAAGUUUCUUUUCCUAUCCCAAAAUGUUGUAUGUGCGUGACGAGGCCAAUCACCCCGAUGAGUUUAUCGGUGAGCGAGCCAUGCAUCUGCUUGCCGAGUAUUCGGCAAUAGGCAACAAAAUGGUAGGCUCUGAGAACAAUGAGGUGCACACCGUAAACUUCAUAAAGCGGGAAGUUGAAAAGAUUGUGGAACAGUCUCGCAGCGAUCUUUAUGACUUUGAGUGGGAAGUGCAGUAUGCUUCUGGAGCAUUCUAUCUGUGGAAUGUGGCCACCAGCUAUGCCAACGUGUCCAAUAUUGUGGUCAGAAUUAGCAGAAAAGAUUCGCCCAACGAUAAUUAUUUGCUGGUAAAUUCCCAUUACGACUCUGAGGUAAAGACACCAGGAGCUGGCGAUGAUGGCGUUAUGGCCGUUAUUAUGUUGGAAACUUUACGUGUCAUUUCACUCUCGGAUCGACCACUGGAUCAUCCGGUGGUGUUUCUAUUCAACGGUGCCGAAGAGGCUAACAUGUUGGGCUCACAUGGCUUUAUCACAACGCACAGAUGGGCAAAGAAUUGCAAGGCACUUAUCAAUCUGGAUUCUACAGGAGCGGGUGGUAGAGAAGUGCUAUUCCAAACAGGACCAAAUCACCCAUGGCUCAUGAACUACUAUCAGAAGCACGCACCCCAUCCUUUCUCCGUCACCCUUGCUGAGGAGUUGUUCCAGAAUAACUUUAUACCCUCCGACACGGACUUUCGUAUCUUUCGAGACUUUGGUAACGUGCCCGGCUUAGACAUGGCCCAUGCCCUCAACGGCUAUGUGUAUCACACUAAGUUCGACAACUUUAAGAAUCUGGCACCAGGCACAUACCAAUCGACGGGUGAGAAUGUCUUGGCGCUAACCUGGGCACUGGCCAACGCACCCGAAUUGGAUGACACUGCUGCCCAUGAGGAAGGACAUGCGGUUUUCUUCGACUACCUCGGCUGGUUCAUGGUCGUCUACACCGAAGCUGCGAGCAUUGCCAUCAAUACGGUUGUAUCUGUGGUUGCUCUCAUUGCGAUUUGCAUUUCCAUCUACUUCAUGACCAAGCAGAAUGAUUCGGAUGCUCCCAAAGCCAUCGUCCUUCGAUUUUGUGUUAUCUUCCUCGUACAGUUGGGCGCUGUGAUCAUUGCCUGGGGACUGACCUUAAUCGUGGCAGUCUUUAUGCAUGCCGUUGGCUUAAGUGAAUCUUGGUAUUAUGGCAUUUGGAUGACAUUCGGACUGUACUUCUGCCCAUUCUUCUUUGGCUUGGGACUGUUGCCAGCCUUCUACAUUCAGUGGACGAAGCACAAAACGAACAUGAAGCUCAAUGACACGAUUGCUUGCUUCAUGCAUGCCCAUUGCAUCCUGAUUGUCCUCGUCUGUGUGAUCCUCAUGUGCAUGGGCGUACGAUCCGCCUUCUUUCCCAUGUUUGGAUUGUUCUUCUACACCAUCUCAGUGCUACUGCAGCUAAUCUUCAAGCUCAUCUUUAAGAAACGAUUCUUCAUGAGCGUUCACCUGUUGUGUCAACUGGCGCCUUUCCUCUUCUACACCUUUUUGAACUACGAGUUUCUGCUGGUUUUCGUGCCCAUGCAGGGACGUGAUGGUCCCGACAGCAAACCCGACAUGCUCCUGGCUCUGUUUAUUGCUCUCAUGACGAUGCAUUUCGCUGCCUUUAUUAUACCGAUUCUGUUCAAAUUUCGCAAAUCGAAAAUCUUUAUUUCUAUGUUUGGCCUCAUAACCAUCAUAUUCAUCAUCCUGGCCGCCACUCCAGCUGGAUUUCCAUUCAAGGCGGAUGUUGCCACUCAGAGAUAUUAUGUGCUGCACACUGAACGAGUGCUACACAAUGAGGAUAGUACGACAACUCGAGAGUCUGGAUUUUAUAUUCAACCCGUGGACACUCGGUACUCCGAACUUUAUGAUACAACAUUAAAGGACGUGGAACCCGAAAGCUGGCUCACAAACAACUGUGCUUCGGAACCUUAUUGUGGAUUGCCGCUUUACAGUGGACGUUGGCUAGACUGGAAAGAUAGUGCACGCUGGAUCCACAACACAGCGCCAGUGUUUCCAGUAACCACUGAACUUACAGAAAUCUCGAGGCAGUCCAUAAAUGCUACCAGAAAACGUUACGAGUACAACAUAAUAACAGGCGAUCGCAUUGUCAUAUUUAUUGAUCCCAAGCCAAACGUAAGGAUCACCAAUUGGUCCGUGGAUGAUACCGUCUUGUUGGAUGGCCGUUCGCCCCCAUACUUUAUAUACCAUGUGUUCUCCAUGGUCACGACACCCUUCAACUUCUGGCUUGAGUUUGAGCAUGAUGCUGAAAAUACAGAUGGCCCUUACUUCAAGAUGUCAGUAAGCGUUCACUUCCUUUAUCACCCUGAGUACUACACAUCAGACUUUAAGGAUUUCUUGGACACAUUCCCAGACUGGUCAUAUACAACUGAUUGGUUGGCCUCUUACGAGAGCUGGGUAUUUUAGAAAUGAAUAAACAAACCGCUACUGUGACUUAAUAAAUAAAUUUAAAAUAUA